UUCUUCCAUUAUAAUUGACGUUUCUCUUUCUCUCUUUCUCUGUCUCUCUAAAUUGUCGGAUUGUGUUUUUAAUUUUAUUUAAUUAACUCAGUGUUCCGUUUAUGCAAUUAAAAAGAAAGUUCAAUUAUCGAUGGUUUAUUGAUGUAAAAAGUGAUCACACUUUGAUUAAUCAACUAUAAUUUACCUUUACACCUUUGACAGAAAAGGGUCAAACCUUAUACAUAUUAUUCUGGUGUAAAGAGAGAAAGAGAUAGAUUUUAUAGAGAAGAAAGAGAAGUAAGAGAAAUAGAAAGAGACCUGGAAGAGAAAAAAACAAGAACAUUUUCUCUCUGCUGUGUUUCUUUUUUUUUCGCCAACUACAAAUAUCUUUCAAUAAGUGAAUCAAAUUUAACUAAUUCUCAGUAAAGUGUAUCAUCGAAUUUUGUAGAUGUUUGGAAAAAGAAGGAAAAGAAACAAUACCAUCAACCAUCUAAAUAUUAACUAUAGUUACUAUUACCCCUUUUUUGUUUAUUGUCUGGUUACCAAUUGACAAAGUCAACGGAAGUGGAACGUCUUUUCUUUUUUCCAGAGGAUCUUUCUCCUCACCUCUCUUUCUCUUGACUGGGCUAUUCUGUGUAUCCAAAUUUGAAUCAUUUAAAAAGGAAAACCAAAAACCUGAGAUCAUCUUUUUGUGACCAGCCUAAAAGAUGAACCCCGGGUUUGAUAUAAAUUCAUUAGCUGGUUGUUCUAAUCUUAAUGACAAUAAUGCAACUUCUGGUGUUGUUCAUGGGUUUUCUCUACCUGGACCUGGUCCAGGAUCGGUUCCACCUCCACCUCAACCUUCCCCACUCUUACCUACACCACCAAUACCAUCAACACCUUCUCCAAGCAUAGGUCAACAGCCUCCAUUAUCGAUACCACCGCAGCAACAAUUAAUGGGAACCAUGGGAGGACCUGCAAUGAGUGUGCCAACCAAUGUUCUUAAUACUUGGGCAUCUUCGGUUAAUUUAUCUUCCAUCCAAUCGUUGGUUGAUGUUUUAUUAGAGUUACCCUUGCCUUCAGAGAUUGAGCUACCAAGUCAAAAUCAACCAUUGAUCACUGUUAAUCAAGAACAACAACAUAUUAGCAAUAACAUUGAACAAGAGUUGGUGCAUCAACAUCAUCUAUCUCAUCAAUUAUCUACAAGCCUGUUACAGGCAAGGCAGCAAUUAAAUGAACUUAAUCUCAAUUGGAACAAUGGUCCGGUGAACGAGGGAAAUCAAGAGUUUUCUCAAAAUCUACAAGUAAACUCUUAUUUACUCUCACUUCUUCAAAGACAAGAUAUCUUUGGUGAAGAUGUCAGACUACCGCCAGUAAUUCAUAAACAACCUUCCCUUUCUUCAAAUAUCCAACCAAGUCAGCCACAGCCACAAACACAACCACAACCACAACAACCACAACAACCACAACAACAACAGCAACAACAACAACCUCACCACCAACAGCAGCAACAAUACCAUCAACAACCUAUUCAACAGCAACCUACCCUUCAACCACCACCUCAACAACAACAACAGCCUGUGUUAUUACCUCCUCCAACUCCACCAAUCACUCCGUCAGCUCAAAGUGGUCCUCAAACUCGUUCCCACUCUAAUGCUUAUUGGAAUCCAUUUAUAAAUGAACAACAAUCAGCUCCAUCACCCGCCUCCGGUGGGCCAAAUCAACAACAAUCAUAUAAUCGUCAAAUGUACAGUAAUGAAAAUAGUAAUUCUAGUGGCUCUUUUCCUGAUAUCGGUUCAGCGGCACCAGGUACACCCAGUGCACCACCUAAUCAUAAUUCGGCUAAAAUCAAGAGUCAAAGUUACAAUGAGAUGGGUGGUAAACAUCCUCAAGGAGCAGUAUUAGAAUCACCCGAUUUGAAUAAUACAUCAUCUUACUCUCCAACAUCGUUUGAAUCAUUUACUUCUCUUGGAGAAAGAGUAAAGAAAAGACAGCGAAACAAUUUACCUCCUCCCACUCCACCCACAGCAACACCAACCUUAAUAACUAACACCAUCACAACAACAUCAUCUUCAACCAUAGUAAAUGCAACUCCCAUUAAAACACCACCAUCAUCAUCAAUACCAUCUUCAGCUCCCAUCACACCAACCUCAUCAAGUGUAUAUUAUGAAAAACCAUCGCUUCAAGCAAGCGAAGAAAUCAUCACUCCUCCACCUAAAAAGUUAUCAAAAUCAUCAUCUUCUGCAAAUAUGAAAUCAUCUUUUAACACAUCGUCACUUUCAUCUUCUUCAACCUCUCCUCGACUGGCAUCUUCCACAAGCUCAGCACCAGCUCCAGAAAAAUUUGAAGCAAUGUUGGAUGAACUUUUCGACAUGGAUAAUAACAAUAAGAAAACCACCGCCGCAUCAUCAGAUGAAAGCUCAGACUCUGAGGAUGGUACAAGAAAACGUAAAUCUCAUAAGAAAACAAACGGAGACAAUAAUACAGCAAACAAAAGUUCACUUUUUGAUAUUACUUUAACAUCAUCAACACUUACCACGUUUGUUUGCCUGGCAGCCAAAUUAAAGCGUAUCCAUGCCAUGCAAAAUGUACCUGUUGAAAAAUUAGGGAAACUUUUAAAUGUUCUCAAUCAACAGUUAGCUAUCCAAUCAGCUGGUCUGAAAGAUAAAAGAAGAAAAUCAACGGAUGCUGGUGAAAUGAACGAAGAUGACGAAGAAGAAGAAAGUAUAGCAAACUCCGUAUCACUAAUGUCAAAAUUUGAGAUGUGUUGUGAUUGUUGUCUAUUAGCUUUGUACAUAAUGACAUCGAAAGGAAUGUCAUCUCGAGUCUACUUAGAAGAAUGUAUUGAACAUAUAGUUGCCUUUCUGAAUACCACCAUUCAGCAAUAUACUACCAUCGGUGGUGCUCAAACUAUGUUCAUAAGUCCUAAGAAAGGUGGUAAAUCUCCCAAAAAGUUGAGUAAUUCAGUUGUCUCGCCAUUCUCAUCGGCCAAUAAGAAACUUUUAUACAAAAUGUACGUUAAAUGGGGUGAAUUAAUUGGUUGCCUGGUCGAGUUGUUAAACGCUCGAGCUGGAACACUAACCGAUACCUUAGUAUUAUCUGCUACACGGGUCGCCCUUGGAGCUUUCUUCCUUGAAAAUCUCAAUACUUCUGCUUCCACUCAGUCUAGUAAUGAGAUUCAACUUAAUGCUCUUAAUUUAACCACAACCAUAUUCUCGCAAUACCAAGCUCAUCGUCCAGUUAUUUUAGAAGAAAUAUUACAUUCAAUAGCGAGAAUAUCAACUUGUAAAAGAGGUCGAGUUUUGUACAAAGUUGAAAGUGACGAUAAAUCGGCAGCUUUCAUCUCAAUGUUUAGUGCAUUAUUACUGCGGUUAAUUCAAAGUUUAUUUGUACCCGAGAGAAGAAAAGAUGACAAAGUUAAUGAACAAAGUGAACCAGGAGAGGGUAAAGACAAAGAUAAAGAUAAAGUGAUAGACAAGGCUAAAGAGAAGCAAGAUAAAAGUCAAAUACUCCGUAAGCAAUACGAUUCUGCACUUCUCACGGCUCUCUCUUUCUUAACAACCUUUCUUAAAAAGUGUCAUGGUGCUUCUGGCGGAGGUUCGGCUGCUUCAAGUGAUGCUGAUUUUCGAGUGAUCUUUGAAAAUCUUGUCAACGAUCUUAUGGUUACCCUAUUCAAGCCUAACUGGCCAGCAUCUCAAAUGUUGACCAAAGUUUUGAUGAAAAUGUUUCUUAACAAUGUUAAAGCUCCCAACAAGAGUCCAGCCAAAGGAUCAGGUUCUGGUAACAUGAGUGCAAAUUUAAACAUGAAAUUAGCCAGUCUUGAUCAUUUGGGAACCAUUUGUUCAAGAUAUGCAAAAGAACUCAACUCAGUGGAAAAAGUGAAACUCGAUGUUCAAACAAGACUUCGUAAUCUACUGUCGGGUGGUGAAAUGGAAAUAAAUACUCGACAAAAUAAUACUGAUGAUGAAGAUAAUGAAUACAACGAUGAAAAGAAAAGGAAAGAAGAUGAAGAUAAAGUUAAAAGUGAUGAAGAUGGAGAAGGAGGUGAUAGUGGUGAUGACGAAUCUAAAAAGGCUCUCAACAAGAACAACAAAAGUAAAAAGAAGAAAAAUUCCAAAAAGAAAGAGGAUCGUCUUCUAAACGAUAACGUGUUAGUACGUGAAAUGUGGAAACAUCUAUUUAGGUAUUGUGACGAAGAGAAACUAUUAGAAGAGAAAAAUGUAUUCACUGCAAGUUUCAUCAAAGAAAUGGACAGAGAAAUGGAAAUGAAGAUCAAAGAGGACCAAUACGAGGAAGACAAAGUUCGUGAGAAUUUUCAUCUUCGAGUGAAAAAGUUUAUGGACAUUUCUAGAACUGCUUCUAAUCAAAAUGCUUCCGAAGAGGAAUACCAUGUAAUCGAUUCAAGAACAGCUGAACAAAUCAUUCGAUACCUGGAUAACUCGUUGGUUUCAACGGAGAAACUGUUUGACGUUGCCUUGGCUCACAUAGUAUCUACUCUUUCGGGUACAAGUAAUACAACCAUGCGAUCUCGAGCAAUGAAAGCCUUGUCCACCAUAUUAAAUAACGCACCCAAAAAACGAGCCAUAGCCUUGCUAUCUCGACCUGAUGUACAAAGAGCCACAAGAGCAGCACUUUUAGAUACCAGCACCUCAGUUCGAGAGGCGACUAUUGAUUUAAUUGGUAAAUUUAUUUUAAAUGGACAAUCAGAGGAGCUUAUUGAUAAAUAUUAUGAUAUAUUAACUGAGAGAAUUUUAGACGCUGGUGUGUCCGUUAGAAAACGAGUUAUCAAAAUUCUUCGUGAAAUUUGUAUCGUUUAUCCAUCGUACAAAAGAGUGCCUGAAAUUUGCUCAAAAAUUAUCAAACGAAUUAAUGAUGACGGUGAAGGUAUUCGAAAACUGGUAACCGAAACAUUUACUACCAUGUGGUUCAAAGAAGAGCGAGAUAAAGAAGCAGCAAAAAUGAAAGUUAAGUGUAUUAAUCAUGUGGUGGCAACAGUGAUCACAGAGAGAAUUGGAACCGAGUGGUUGCAACAAUUGUUGACGAAUUUGUUUAGUUCAGGUCCGGAAGGAAAAGGAAAGAAAAACUCUUUAGAUGAUGAUGAAGAUGAAAAGACUACACCAACAGCAGCUCAAUUACAACAAGUGAUCGCAGCAUCAGCACAAAUUGUCGAUGUACUGGUUAGUGAUGUUCUUUGUGGCUCAGGUCCUAAUUCCGAUGAUCCUCAAGCUAGUCUUGAUAAUAACAGUAAAAGUACCUGUUUUGCCACCAUGACGACAAUUUGGCUUUUCAGUAAAGUGUGUCCACAAUUGUUAGUCAAUCAUAUUUCCAUCCUUCAACCUUACCUUUCGGUAAAAAUUACCUCCGAAUUGGAUUCACUUAUUCUCGUCAAAGCGGUUCAAACUAUCGAACAUGUCCUGCCAAAGUUAACCAAUCCCUCAGAUCUCCUGUUGUCCAGCAUUGAGGAAGGAUUGACCAAAAUUAUUUUACAAAGUAACCCUCAAGUGUUAGUAGUUUGUGUUUCCUGUUUAUCCUCAUUGAUUCACAAACACACUAAUAAUAAACAAUUAGCCCAAGAUCUCUUUAAACGAUUCUUCUCCCUACUGGACUCUUUGUACAGGCUACCAAUAAGUGAUUUUAAUAAUCCAAUGAAUCGACCUCGACUUCUCCGUUCUCUUUACACCUGUGGACUUUUCGCCAAACAUUUUGAAUUUUUGGUCGAAAAGCAACAAUUAUACCAACUUUUUGUACAGUUUGUCGCCAGGAACAUGCCUUCAGAAGAAAACGAUUACAGGGUUGGUGAUUUAGCCAUCAUUAAUAAUGCACUUUCUGGUCUAGGAUUUAUGUUUGAAAGGAAUCCAGCUUACACUUUACAAAUGCAAACCCAAGACAUUUAUAAAACCAUUCUCAAUGUGGCUCUAAGCGUUUCCGAUUGUAAAUCAUUGGAACCUUAUUAUGAAUCAACCAUGAUCAGUGUUCUUAAAAAUUUAACCAACUACCUUUCCGAUGAACUUAAUGCCGAGAUUGCAAAAACUUUGGACUGGUCCAAGGAAAAUUUGAAAACCAUGUCUUAUGAAGACAGUGAAGAAGGUGAUAGCAAUUCAAUUCAAUCAUCAAUCAUUCAAACAUAUCUACCUGAUAUUGUAAAGUGUACUCUGUGCCCAUUAACCUCAGUCCGUAAAGCGGCAGUUAAUCUGAUACAUAUUAUUCAUCGUGGUGGCAUUGUUCAUCCUCUACAACUUGUACCAUAUCUUAUUGCAAUGUCCUCCGAUGAUGAUAACAAUAUUCGCUCUCGUGCUGAUCACGUUCUUAAUGAGAUUGAACGUAAAUAUCAUGGUUUUGUAUCAAUGAAGGCUCGUCAAGGUGUACAAUUAUCAUUCCAACUUCAUAAUUUCUCGGGUCGUCGUGGCUAUCGAAUCGAAAAUAUCUUACAAUCAUCUUCAUCAGCCAAUACUUCAUCGUCUACCUCGUCAUCGUCAUCAUCAUCCAAUCAAACCUCAGCCAAUCAACCAGCACCAGAAGAUCAAUUAAUUACUGGUCGAUUAUCAACUUUGUACAGCGUCAUUGCCAGUAAUCGGCAGUCAAGAAGAGCAUUUAUCACUGGAUUAUUGAAAUAUUUUGACCUCAUGUCUGAUCCUCACUCAUUUUUCUCAUACGAUCCAAUGUCCGUCGGUAUUCUUAAUCUAUUUGAUCGUAACAAUGAAGGAAUUGAUCUGGUUCCCUUACAACAAUAUGUUUCCGAUAAUCUAAUUUGGUUGCCUUACUCAGUUCUCGAUGAGCCCUUGUAUAUAUUGAGUCAACUUGAAGUGAAUGCAAGUGUAACCGCAAGUCAAAUCCAAGCUCAAUUCAAUGAUCUACUGAAUCUCUCCAGUGACUAUGAUGAUGAAGAUGAAGAGGGUAAUCAGAAAAGUGUUAGAAGAGAAGAAAUUAAACCUGAAAUUAAAAGAAUGUUGGAUGCGAAUGGUAAAACUUAUCCAGAAUAUGGAGACGAUGAAGGGACAAAUGAGGGUAAAUUAAACUCAUCGUUAGACAUGAGAAUGGACAUUUCAAUGACCUCAGGAACAUCAGUAGGCGAUGAAUCAAUGAAAUUGGACAUGUCAACAUCCGAGAACAUGUCGACAUCGAAACCCGAGAACGGUUAUGAUCAAGUACCAGUUUCAUCAAAGGAAUUUAUCUCUUCAGCUGGUGUGGCCGAACUGAUUCGUUGUUUAAGAGCCUUUUAUAUGCUAAAUUGGUGUAAACAAAUGAUAAGGGAAUUGUUCAAUAUAACCGAUGCCAAAUUUCAAGAUUAUUCACCAAGUGAAAAUCAAAAAGUUUGGGACAAGCAAAUGCAUCGACGACAAGUUGAUCCAAGAUUAUUACCAAAACUUAUGGCCUAUCCAAGUGUCAACAUUAAUUUGGAAAAUUUCACUCGUGAAUCAAUAUCCCAAGAAUACCAACGUUUUAAGAAUCUCCAGCUUACCGGUUUAGAUGAGACAUGUAAAAAUGUUGCCAUUCUUAUCAAAGAACCUGUACCAAAGGAAAAGAAAGAGAGAGAAAAGAAUCGUAGUCAUAAUCGUAAUCGAGUUGAAAUCGAAAGUGAAUCCGAUGAAGAAGAGGAUGAACCUUUAGUUGAAGAAGUUGAAGAUGAGCCCAUCCAUACUCAUCCAGUAAUAUCAUCUUCUAAUUACAGUAACCAUCAAUCUAACGAUGGUUUGAAUAUACCUCGAUUUUCCGAUGAAGAGAAGAAAAAAUUAAUCGAAAAGAUCAAAAUGUCCGAUUGUCAAGUAAAAUUAAUCGACAUCAACCCAAUUGCAAUGAAUUCAACCACCAAUAACACUGGAGACGAUGGUGAAAUGCGAUCAUUAAGAAUGACCAUUUCAACGGCUUCCAUGAAUUCACAUGGUGUAGAUAAAAUCAGAAGUUCCGUUAAAAAGAAGAAAAAGAAACACAAAAAGUAAAUCUCCAAUCAAUUAACAAACAAAAGGAGCAAAGACCAAUCAUCACAAUUAAUUGUUUUACAUAAACACAUAAAUAUACAUACACACAUUUAAACACAACUCAUACAAAGACAAAGACAACAAAUAUACCACCAUCACCAUCCCUUGUACAAAGAUGAAAAAAGAGUUAAUCUACAAAAUUACCUUAAAGAUGAUAAAUUUAAUAUUAUGUCAAUUAUAAAUCAACCAAUUUUGUAAUAAUCAAACCACAUCACACAAAAGAAAACAAAAAAAUUAAUUAUCACAGAUGAUUGUGAUUGGCAAAGGAAACCCAUUAACUCAACCAACUUAAACAAAAAGAUGAUGAAUAUAUAAAAACAAAGUCCAAUCAAAUCUAAUUAAUCGAAUGAAGAGGAAAUCAUAAUCAUUAACUAAUCAUUUUUUUUCUAUUUAUUCAUAAAAGCAAAGCAAAAAUCUCUCCAUGUACAAUUCAUUAAAAUCCCAUUUUUACUCUGAAAACAAAAA